AUGCCGACGGGCGUGACGCAAACGAUGAUGAGUGGUCGAUUAAGCCGGACAAUCUUCCGACACCAUCACAUAGCAUUGGCGCUCAACAACGCGGUGAAGAGGCACGAGGCCGAAGCAAAAGCUGCCGGGCAGAAGCUCUUGAUGACUGGGCACAGCCUCGGAGGUGCAUUGGUUGGUGCAGCCUCGGCUGCUCAUGGAGUUGACGGCAUUGGCUUCUCACCGCCCGGGUUGUACUACCAGGUCCAAAAGUUCGACCUGACGCUGGCAGACCUCCAAUCUACCUUCGCGAUUGUUCAGCCAGCAAACGAUGUCGUCCCUCGUGCAGCGCUCAGAGCCUGUGGCGAGAUAUUUUCGGGCUGUGGCAAGUACCGGCAAGGUGUUGACAAGCAGCGAGGGAUGAUCCAAUGGAUUCAGUGCCUUGAGUCUGCUGCUCAAUGUCAUAGGCCGCAGCCUCAAAGACCAAAGACUCUGCUCCCUGACCUCACGUGGCUUUUGCAAGCCUGA